AUGAACACAGAUGAAGAACUUGGCCACCUCCAGGCCACCCUUCAAGGGAUCUUUCAAGACGAUGCAAACUUGGCCAUGUUUCUAGAACAGAAGGGCGAGGAUGCUCAGAAUUGGUUGGAUCGUUUACAAGUGCUGGUGGAUUAUCCGAACGUUUUGCCUCAUUUGCGUUCCUCCAUUUUCAAAGUCAUGAUACGGCUCUCGAAAAGUUCUGGACUUCAUCCGAAAUGUCUUUCAAUCCAGAAUGUACACAAGCUUGGAGCACAUCCAAUUGCUUCGGGAGGAUCAGGGGAUGUUUGGAAGGGUGUCCUUGGGGAACCACCAGGUCGACCGGUGUGCUUGAAGGUGGUGAAAGUGUAUCUUACUUCUGACAUUCCAGAGUUAUUCAAGGAAUAUCUACAAGAAGCGAUCGUAUGGCGGCAACUCAAACAUCCAAAUCUUCUUCCCUUCCUCGGCAUGUAUUACCUCGAAGAUGAGACCCAGUUCUGUUUAGUUUCCCCGUGGAUGGAUAAAGGAAACCUCGUCCAGUUUUUAAGGGCUACCCAGCGAGAACACGUGAAUCAUCAUGCACUGGUUUAUGACGUCGCAUCUGGUUUAGCCUAUCUACAUAGUAGGAAGUUCGUCCACGGAGACCUCAAGGGCGUCAACAUCCUCAUCACACCGGAUUGUCGAGCCUGUAUCGGCGACUUUGGCCUAUCUCGUGUUGCCGAUACCCAUGGCCUUAGAAUAACAACUUCGCAUUCUCGCCCCGCGGGGACAGCACGUUGGCUUGCACCCGAAUUAUUAGUGGGUGGUGGUCGUCCGUCCAAGGAGAGCGACAUCUACGCGUUCGGUUGUGUCUGUUAUGAGAUCUUCACUGGUGUCUGUCCUUUUCCGGAUGUUCCCCACGAGAUAACUGUAGCUUUUCAAGUUGUACAAGGACGACGUCCAUCCAGACCUCAAGAAAUAACGGAACUCAGCGAUGCAAUGUGGACCAUUAUGGAGUCCUGCUGGAAUGCGAAUACUUCAUCUCGACCGACUGCUGUCGCGGUAGUCGAAAUGGUCAUUCAGAUGGACGCGUGGACGUCACUCACACCAGCGUCGAAUUGGAACGACUCUAUCUUUACUCGCCAAAUUUGGAACAACGUUCAACAUCCGCCUCUCCUUAGCGCGUGCGACUUUAACCGUGAACAAGGCGACCACAGUCAACAUAACCUACUGCUCCGUCUUAUUGGAACGGAACAGAGUUACCUUAACCUUCUGGAGGGAAUAAUCAAGAAAGUUGCGGCUGCAUGGUCUAGAGACAAUAUGCCCCCAAUCUUACUCGAUGGUAUGUUCAGGACGAUCGAACGGGUGUAUCGAUCUCAUCGUACCUUCUGUCCGAAGCCACAAGAAAGUAAUGCCUCGAGCGCGACUCUCGAAGAUACUCAGGAGCUAAUGAUGCGAUGGCCCAAGAGUUUGGGAGCGAGUUACACCUUUUACGUCCAAAGCUACCACUCUGGCCUUGAUGAUUGGGAACCGGUGACUUCGAAUACGCGUCUCGGGGAGAUCUUGAGCCACUUAUCAUUGAAAAAGAUCACCGGGGGAUUUUGGACCUUGGAUGAACUCUUCUUGUUACCGAUUGGCCGACUGAAGUACUUCAAGCAGCUCUAUACAUCUUUGCUCGAGUAUUAUCAGCCAUCACAUCCUCGUCAUCGUGUGCUCCUUGAUUCUAUCGGAAACGUCGAGAGAAUUCUUGGGACUUAUCACGAACGAAAGGACACUAAAGCCGGCUCAUCUUCUUCAUUUACGACUAUGCCUGAACUAGAUGCAAUGGAGGACGAAGAGGAAGGAAGUGAUGGAUAUAAUUUGGACAUGCAUAUUAAUUCUCUUUCUUCCAACGGGUCGGCGCUCCACGGCGAGGUUCACAUGGAAUCUGGCAGCGAGAGCCGUCACGUGAUCGUGUCGAAUGACCACGGAUUGAUUUUUGGAGGACAAAACCUUACCAUGACUGAGGCUCACAAACUAUCCUUGAAGAGGGAGUAUCAGUAUUCCCGCAGCCCUUCACCCGACUCACCAUCGAAGUCAGACGAAAUAUAA